AGUCCAGCGGCCCAUAUGUUACUUAAUUGUAAGGGUGAGGUAAGAAGAGUUGAUGUGAACCACAAUAAUAAUAAUAAUAAUAAUAAUAAUAAUAAUAAUAAUAAUAAUAACAAACAAGGAAGGCUGAGAGUUAGAGACUUUGAAAAGGGUAAUUUGGUUCCGACGUUCCACAGCCGACCACCGGUUGAGAGUAGAAACCCAAUCCUGUUCAGUUGUGCCAUGGAUGCCAUAUCCACCCCUGUUUCAUCCAUGAUCAGUGUUCCUAAGAUUCAUCAUCACCUUUACAACCUCAAACCUCCCCUUCUUCUUCCCCAACCCCAUGGCUACAUCUCUACUGCUACGACUACGGCCGCCACCGCCACUUCGAUAUCAAAUAAAACUACUCCCUCCUAUUCCUACCGCCACAACGAAAAGCUCACCCCAACCCAGCUUCCGUCUACCUCUCAACCUCAACCAACUAUAUCCCCUACUAUCCACCAGAACGCCGCUACUGGCUACGCAGCCGCGCUCAUAGACGCCGCACUCUGCAGUAAUUCGCUAGAUGCAGUUCAUAAAGAUGUGAAAAGAUUGUUAAAAUGGCUGCAGUCUAACCAGAUGUUGAAGGAUAUGAUGACAAACGCAUCUAUGGAAGAAAGUGUAAAGGGGAGAGUGAUAAAGGAAGUAUCCAAGAAAGCCAAGUUCCAACGCCAGGUGGUGACACUGUUAAAGAUGUUGGUGGCCAAGAAUAAAUCAGGGAUGGUGGCACAAGUGAUGGAGGAGUUCCAAAGGAUUUACCUUGACCUGAAUACCUGCAGUUUCAGGCUGGUUGUUUAAUUACUAAAUUCUAGUAUUUAUUUGUCAUGUUUAAUUAAUUAUGUACGAAUCUAUGAUUAACAUAAUAAGCUACCUCAUUACUUA